ACCUUUAAAGGCCAGGCCAUAUUUUUAACGUUGGAAGGCAAACAUUAUUAGCUUAAAAUUUAUCGACACAUCUAAUUUUUUCCACACUAUCUUUAACAAGGACCACCGAAACCCGUCUUUGAGAUGGAGACCACAUAUACACAAUGUUCAGUGACUUGUAUAAGUAAAACAUGUGUCUUGGUUACCCAAUUUUUAUCAAGGAGAACGCGGAGAGCGUUGGUCGAAAUGGAAUUUCUCGAGUAGCUUUUCGAGGUUGGAACGACCUGGUUACCCAAUUUUUAUCAGGAGUACGCGAAGAGCGUUGGUCGAAAUGGAAUUUCGGGAGUUGCUUUUCGAGGUUGAAAAACGUGAAGAAAGGACAACGUUCAACGACCGAAAAUAGAUCCACAUGUUAUGAAAGGCUGGAGAAAGGAAGUUGAGACACAUUGGUGAGGGAAGAAUGCACUCUCCCAUACUGACAGAAACUAAGAUGUUUACAACAAACACUAUAAAAGGACAUUGACUAAAAAUUAAAAUUUUUGCAACACUUCAAUUCAGUGCAAGAGGCGUCUUCAUUUUCUCUCCGCUAUGUGGCGUGAAAAAGAUUUUUCAACAUGCUAUGGGUUGUUCGAAUUUUGUAUCCAGUCCCACUCACUGGGAGUCGAGUGGGACUCAGUACAAAAUGAGCCGUUCAAGCAAAGGACUUAUAUCGAACAGGAGCGAAACACAAAGAUUUUAUUCCAAGUUUCUAGACGUGAUAUGGCAUCUUCGCAUUCACUGUUUCCAGCGAAUGCAACUGAACAUAUAGAGGGAAGGAGCGGUAAUGACAUCCUUGAGAGUGUUGGUAUACUGUCUAAUGAAAUGAGUGGAACUCCGGAAAGUUUCUCUAACGUGCAGGCUCAUUUUACGCUGUGCAUCAACAAUAAAAUGUUAACGCGUGUACCUCAACUCAAACUGAAUCAAAAGGCCGAUAAUCUAGAUGUAAAACAUGUGGAAGAUCAAAAAAAAUCUGCUUAUUAA